UGCCCGGACUGCUGGAAGCGGCCGUAACGCCAUGUUGGCGAAGUCUCUCAUCUCUGUGAGAAAAAAAUGAUAGAAAACAUACGUGUCGAGAAGAAAAGGUAGAUCGCCGAGGGAGGUUGAAGAUCGCGGCGAUUAUUUGUAUUGAAAGAAACGAAACCGAGCCGGAUCCGCAGAGGUUCCGGACGGGCGAGGGAGGCUAAACCUCCCACCGUCCCCAUGAAUAGCACCGCUGAUCCGAACAGCGACUUUCCAUGAAAAAAAGACGUUUGUGUUGCUAUUCGAGCUUCGUUAUCCCGGUUCGUUAAAGGGAUUUGGGGCCUGCUUCAAGAAUCUGCUACGCUUGCUCAAUGCAUGCAAGCUAGGCGUUGUUUGUAUCAGUAUUUAUUAAGGUAUUGUUUUUAUUUGUUGAUUUUUUUGCAAUGAGUUUGCCACCGAAAGUGGUCCCCAAACCCGCCGCUGUCGCAGUUAGCGGACCUGGAAGUGGCCCCUCUCCGUCGAGCCAACUGCGGGCUACCCUGACCUCCGUGUCUCUGCCGCCGGGAGCCCCAACAGCUCCUCAGCCCGGCGCGGUGCCGCCACCUCAAAUCCCACGGGUUCAGCCAUCACUGGACGACCGAAUCUUCCCCACACAGUCUGGAGUCGCUGCAGUCUACAGCGUACCCAGGCAUGCUGGCCCUCCUUACACUGCUCACGACAUCACAAAGGGACACCCUAACUUGGCGGGCACCCCGCCCGGUCAUGCCCACUCCCCGGCGCUCUCUCAGGUAUCAGUACCCACAGCUUCCCCAUAUCGCUACCCUAAGGGCUGGGAGGCAGGCGGAGGGUCUCCAUACAACCCUGGACAAAAUGCUGGCUCCGCCCCUCUAGUGUAUUCUCCCCAGACACAGCCAAUGAAUGCACAGCCACAAAGUCGCCCGUUUGCUGCGGGCCCUCGACCAACCCACCAUCAGGGAGGAUUCAGGCCCAUCCAGUUUUUCCAGAGGACUCAGAUGCAGACUGCGAGGCCCAACAUCCCUACGAACACACCCUCCAUACGGCCUGGCUCACAGACUCCCACGGCGGCUGUCUACCCCACUAACCAACCAAUCAUGAUGACCAUGGCACCCAUGCCUUUCCCCUCCCCACAGGCUGCACAGUACUACAUCCCACAGUAUCGCCACAGUACACCCUACGUGGGACCUCCUCAGCAGUAUUCAGUACAGCCUCCAGGGUCUGGCACCUUCUAUCCUGGUCCAGGGCCAGGGGAGUACCCUGCCCCAUAUCAUCCCCUCAGGUACCAUCCGCCUGUCUCACCCUCUGUUCCGGCUCCCGUCCCCACAGCUGGUCCACCCUACUACCCAGGACAGACUGUGUAUCCCCCCUCACCCCCCAUCAUAGUGCCUACACCACAGCAACCUCCACCAGCCAAGCGUGAGAAGAAAACAUCCUCCCAGAUCCGUAUCCGUGACCCCAAUCAGGGUGGCAGGGAUAUCACAGAGGAGAUCAUGGCAGGGGGUUCAGGGAGCAGGAAUUCAACGCCUCCUGUCGGCCGCCCCUCCUCUACCCCUACACCCCCACAGCAGCAGCUGAGCAGCAGCCAGACUCCAGAGCAGCAGCCGCCGCAGCAACAGCAACAGCCACAGCAACAGCAGCAGCAGCAGCAGCAGCAGCAGUCGCAGCCUCCUCAGCCACAGCAGGCCCAUCCUGGAGGCUACACGCUGGAGCCCCCACAGCCACCGCAGCCCCAACAGCUACAGCAGCCAGCGACCACUGGGGCCUCAGACACCAAACCAGGGCCAGAUGAUACGCCAAAACUGGAGCCAGUAGUCCAGAAGUCUUCCUCGCCUGGGCUUGUGCAGCCUGAAGCCCCCGUAGAGAGACUUGAGGCCAAAGCUCCUGUGACUGAGCCCUCUUCUACUGUCGAACCUGAGCUUCCCUUCCCCGCCUCGAUGACCGCCCCCGUCACUCUUCCAUUUUCAGUGGCCAACAACAGUGAACGUCCCUCAGCCAGGGAAUCCACUGCUUCAGCUUCUCCUCCCUCCUCUUCAGCCGGGGAGCAUAAGCCCUCUUUGGCCCCGCCCCAGACUCCCAACACAGACAAGCCCCUCUCAGACGCCCCACGGACUCUGGCUGCUUCUCCGGCACCAGCUCCCAAGGCUUUGAACGGCCUUGCGGACUCUGGGACUGAGCUGGACACCCCGGUUCAUGAGCCUUCUCCUCUGUCUUCAGCUGCACUCCAGCCCCAGGCCUCUGCUCCUGCUUACAGAGAGGUCUCGUCCUCUGAAACUUUGCCCUCUGACGUGAGGCCAGAGUUGCCCGUUGCUGCUGCACUCGCCCCUAUGGCACCUGUGGCUGUGGUGCCAGUGACCCUGACCUCAAGCCCCGCCCCGGCUUUGCCAGUUCUGCUCCCCCUUGGCCUUCCGCCUCUAGUGCAGGCCACAACAGAGGCUGACGAGCCGAGCAAGUCCUUAGACACUAAAGACCUCGUCACCAGAGUCGGGACAGAGGCACAUGGAGGCAUUACUGAGAGCAAAACAGAGUCCCAGCAUCAAGCACUCACCAGGAAGAGUCCCACUACAGUAAAUCAGACUGCUUCUGCUAUACCAAAGACCUGGAGGAAACCAAAUGAAGGGAUCUCUGCUGGAGAAGCACCUCAAAAGGAGGAUGAGGACGAGCCCAGGCCAGCAGAUCAGCCUACUGCAGACCAGGCCCUGCAGUCAGCUCCUCUGAGCAGCAGCCCGGUGCCCCUAACGUCAGUAUUCACCUCCACCUCACCUGCCCCGGCGCCCGCCAGCAGCCCCGAGGCUGAUGGAAAGCCUGUCGCUCCUGAGGAGAACGGUGAGGCAGAGAUGGAGCCCAUGAGGAACGGGGCGGGUCACACUUCAGAGACGGAGAGCAGCGAUAGUGGAGCCACGCCCGGAGACAAGGAGAACUCGACAGGGGCCACACAGGACAUGGAAGACCUGGCUGAUCCCAGUGGGAAGCGUCAGUAUGACAGGGACUUCCUGUUGGGCUUCCAGUUCAUGCCCGCCUGCAUACAGAAGCCUGAGGGUCUCCCACCCAUCAGUGAUGUGGUGCUUGACAAGAUGAACCAAAACAAGUUGCCAUCUCGAGUGGUGGACUCCAGGGUGAUUUCAAGAGGACCUGAUUUCACACCUGCCUUUGCCGAUUUUGGCAGGCAGAUGACCGGAGGACGAGGCGCAGCGCUUAUGAACAUCGGGACACGUCGGCCUCCACCCAGGAAGAUCAUCAUGAACGUGUCGGUUAAUGAUGACGUUCAGCUAAAAAAAUCCGAGAACGCCUGGAAACCUGGCAUGAAGAGGGCCGACGUUGCUGCAGAUGAUCCUGAGGCGCAAAACACACAGGAGCUUUUCAAGAAGGUACGCAGCAUCCUGAACAAGCUGACGCCUCAGAAGUUCAACCAGCUGAUGAAGCAGGUGGCGGACCUGACCAUCGACACAGAAGAGAGGCUCAAAGGCGUCAUCGACCUGGUAUUUGAGAAGGCCAUCGACGAGCCCAGCUUCUCCGUGGCCUAUGGAAACAUGUGUCGCUGCCUUGCCACGCUCAAAGUGCCCAUGACAGACAAACCCAACACCACAGUGAACUUUCGCAAGCUGCUGCUAAACCGCUGCCAGAAGGAGUUUGAGAAAGACAAGGUGGAUGACGUGGUCUUCGAGAGGAAGCAGAAAGAGCUGGACUCUGCUGCAUCGACGACGGAGCGCGAGCGGCUUCAGGAAGAGCUGGAGGAAGCCAAGGACAAAGCCCGGCGGCGUUCCAUCGGCAACAUCAGGUUCAUCGGCGAGCUCUUCAAGCUCAAGAUGUUGACGGAGGCCAUCAUGCAUGACUGUGUGGUGAAGCUGCUCAAGAACCACGAUGAGGAGUCUUUAGAGUGCCUGUGCAGGCUGCUCACCACCAUCGGCAAGGACCUCGACUUCGAGAAGGCCAAGCCUCGCAUGGAUCAGUAUUUCAAUCAGAUGGAAAAAAUUGUCAAAGAGAGGAAGACGUCAUCUCGGAUACGGUUUAUGUUACAGGACGUUAUAGACCUGAGAUUGCACAACUGGGUGUCCAGGAGAGCCGACCAGGGCCCAAAAACCAUCGAGCAGAUCCACAAGGAGGCCAAGAUUGAAGAGCAGGAGGAGCAGAGAAAAGUGCACCAGCAACUGCUCUCCAAGGACAGCAAGAGACGGCCAGAUCAAAGAGAUCAAAGAGAUCAGAGAGAUCAGAGAGAUCAACGCGUGCAGAGAGAAGAGACCUGGAACACUGUGCCCAUGACAAAGAACAGCAGAACCAUCGACCCCACCAAGAUCCCAAAGAUCUCUAAGCCUCAAAUGGAUGAGAAGAUCCAGCUGGGCCCUCGGGCUCAAGUCACAUGGGUGAAGGGCAGCAGCGGAGGAGCCAAGGCCAGUGACUCAGAACUGUCACGGACAGCUGGCCUCAAUCGUUACUCCGCGCUGCAGUCGACGCCUUCACCUCAAGCCUCCACCGCUCCUCCACAGAACCCAGACUUUGACUCCAGGAGAACUCUGGGGAGCAGUCGUAGCAGUGCAGGGAGAGAACGCAGUGACAAGCCACUGAUCUCUGUCCCUCCGUCGUCACGGCCCGGAUCCUUCAUCAGGGGAAGCAGUUCAAAGGAGCUGCUGGAGAGUCAAACCCCCGAGGAGCCGCGGAGAGACCGGGAGCGAGAGGGAGCCGAGCCCCGGAGACCGAGUGUCACCGAGGAGAAAACAGAGCUGGAGCGCAGCAGAGUCAGGGAGCCUGUGAAACCUGAGCCAGUGGUCCAGACCCCGGACAGACCUGCUCUGUCUGAAGAGGAGGCAGAGAGGAAGUCCAAGUCCAUCAUCGACGAGUUCCUGCACAUAAAUGACUACAAGGAGGCACUUCAGUGUGUGGACGAGCUGGACUUGGGCUCUCAGCUGCACAUCUUUGUGCGUGUCGGGGUGGAGUCGACCCUGGAGCGCAGUCAGAUAACACGGGACCACAUGGGCCAGCUCUUCUUCCAGCUGGUGCAGCAGGGCGUCCUGCCCAGACCCCAGUUCUACAAAGGGUUUGCAGACACGCUGGAGCAAGCGGAUGACAUGGCCAUCGACAUUCCCCACAUCUGGCUGUACCUGGCCGAGCUGCUCACCCCUGUGCUGAGGGAAGGGGGCUUCUCUAUGAGAGAGCUCUUUAGUGAAUUAAGCAAACCUUUGCUUCCUGUGGGAAGAGCUGGGAUCUUAAUUUCUGAAAUACUGCACAUACUAUGCAAACACAUGAGCCAUAGGACUGUGGGUUCUUUGUGGAGGGACUCUGGCCUCAACUGGACCGACUUCCUGACAGAGGGAGAGGACGUCCAGGCUUUCAUCUCACAACAGAAACUCCAGUUCGUUCUGUCGGACAGCUCCAGUCCUGAGGCGGCUCUGUCCAAAAGGAUCUUGUCUCCUGAGGAGCUGAGCCAGCAGCUGGAGAGACUCCUCCUGGAGGACAUGGCCAGCGACGAGCAGAUUUUUGACUGGGUAGAGGCAAACCUAGAUGAAUCUCAGAUGAGCUCGUCUCCCUUCCUGAGGGCUUUGAUGACAGCUGUGUGUAAGGCAGCAGUGAAAGAUGAUAACACCAACUGUCGAGUGGACACGGCCAUCAUCCAGAGGAGAUUGCCUGUAUUACUCAAGUACCUUAACUCAGACACUGAGCGACAGCUGCAAGCACUUUAUGCACUUCAGGCGCUGAUCGUCGCCCUCGAUCAGCCUCCAAACCUUCUCCGGAUGUUCUUUGACUGUCUGUAUGACGAGGACGUCAUCUCGGAGGACGCUUUCUACAAGUGGGAGACGAGCAAAGACCCUGCCGAGCAGCAGGGUAAGGGUGUGGCCCUCAAGUCUGUCACGGCCUUCUUCACCUGGCUGCGGGAGGCGGAGGAGGAGUCGGAAGAUAAUUGACGAGGGAGACACCCGGGGGACACGACGUAGUAGAACUGCAUCCUUACGGCAGAACAAACAAACGUUCAAAAUGGGUGAAUGGGCAGGACGACAUGUUUUACGGCUGGAAUUUUUUUCUGCGGUACGGUUCUGAAACAUGCCGCCAUUUUGAGUUUGGAUUCCAACGGCGGAAGCACUAAAUACCUGUAUCAUACAUAGAAAAUAUUUUUGUUUUAAAUUUUAACUUACUUUUGUUUUGUUACUUUUUAAGAAGAGACUUAAAAGAUACAUAGGUUCUGGACUCUUUAAUUUAUUAUUUUUUUAAGGACUGCAAAUAUGAAAGUUAUUUAACAUUUGCAGAUGCUCACAAAUGAGAACAUGACAACAGAAAUAACAAUAUAAUUAAUUAUAAUAACAAAAAUAAUAAUUGUGAAAUAAAUAGCCUCCCUGGAUUCCACGCUGUUUGGUUUAAAACAGGGUCAAACAAAAUUUAUUUUGGGAUGAAGGGGAAGCAGAGAUAAAAAGGAGUGAAUGCACAGAAACUAUUAACGUUGUCCGUGUAUGACGUUUUGAGGUCAAAGGUUAUAUCCUAAUAACCAGGAAGUGUUUCCCUCAGCCUCGGCUUGCUCUACGUUGAUAUGUACAUACGCCUCAUGAGAGGCAGAGGUAUGCAGUCAAGAAGCGAUGCAAGUCAGUCCACAGAACUGUCAAAACAAACGCAGACGAACAAAAAUGGAAACAUUUAAACGAAACGAGCAAAAAAUGCAACAUUAAAAAGCAAAUGGCCCGGGUCGCUGAACAUGAAAUGCUUGUAAUACUUCAGACCUACAGAGCAGAUUAAAGCUUGUAAAUACAUUAAAGACAAAAAAGGUAUUUAAAAAAUGCCGAUUGUCAUGAUCUGUUCUUUUGAUGGGUGCUGUGUGGAGGUGUGGGUUGCCAGAUUUUUGUGCGUCUGUCUGUCUGUCUGUGUGUGUGUGUGUGUGUGUGUGUGUGUGUGUGUGUGUGUGUGUGUGUGUGUGUGUGU